AUGUCCAUCGAAGUCGACUGGGCAACGGCCACUUCCGGCCCGGACGGUGAAGCGCUAGCGGAACGCAUACGAUCAUUUGUCCACGACAAGUUCCAGCAGGUCGCCUUACCGCGCUUUAUCCGGUCUGUCCAGGUCCAUGCUUUUGAAUUCGGCACCAUUGCCCCAGAUCUCGAGAUCAAAGAUUUCUGCGAACCUUUUGCGGAUUUCUACGAAGAAGAUGAUGACGACACUUCUGGGACCUCCGAGGAGCUCAUCGCUGACCAAUGGUCGGAGCUACACGAUUCCUCAUAUGAGGACGAUAUACCACUGAACCACGCGCCUCACAACCUCAGUCACCAUCCAUAUCCCGGCGAAGAGUUCCAACCCUCCGCGCUUCGUUCUCCCCUUCCCAUCGGUGACCACUUGAACCCGCAUUUUCUGCCCCGCUCUGGCUCCCCGGGUAUUCCUGGAGGCACGUCCACACUCGGCUAUCACCUGAUGUCGCUGGGCGGCCUCUCAGGCACGCAGACUCCCCUAGCAGCCGUGGCUGGUGGCAGACCAUUUGCAAGUAAUUGGUCCGAUACGGGCAUGGGCCAGGGCAGACCGCGCCCACCGCGACCAGCGCCACAGCAGCGUCGCGCAGAAGCAGAUCUAGAUACCACCACUUCGGCUUCACGGCCUUCAACGGCCAAUACACUUCCUUCGCAUCCCUCCGUCGCCCGGACUGGCAGCAGCGGGUCAAACCGAAACAGUAUCGACCCUGCCGACGUUCCUCAACCGUCAACCGAACCCGCCAUCGAUCCCUCGGCCCCAAUCCCACCUCGCAUGCGCGAGCGCCGCCCAGAAGACUUCCAAGUCCUAUGCCAUGCGAAAUAUGCCGGAGAUGUGCGCAUGUCCUUGACAGCGGAAAUCCUACUCGACUACCCAAUGCCCAGCUUCGUCGGCCUUCCUCUGAAACUCAAUGUUACCGGUAUUACCUUUGACGGUGUAGCGGUAGUCGCUUAUAUUCGCAAGCGGGUGCAUUUCUGCUUCUUGUCCGCAGAAGAUGCAGAUGCCUUGCUGGGCUCUGAGGCGAGUCAGGGAAGCCGAAACCCUAGUGACGAUGGACGGCCGCGAUCUGGUGGAGAUCAAAAGCGGCAAGGCGGAUUGCUCCAGGAGAUCCGCGUCGAAAGUGAGAUUGGCCGUAAGGAGGAUGGGAAGCAGGUCUUGAAGAACGUUGGCAAAGUGGAGCGCUUUGUGCUUGCGCAGGUGCGCCGUAUCUUCGAAGAAGAACUUGUCUACCCUAGCUUCUGGACUUUCCUCGUCUAG